CUAGCCAGGGGCAGGGUGUGGCAAAUGUCUCCGCUCUGGCUCUCUAGGAGAAAUCGUUUCCUGCUGCUUACUCAGCAAUUUCCCUCUCUCUGCUGCUUCCGCUGCUGCUCCGGUCCAGUUCGGCUUGGCCAGCUGCUGGUAGAGAAAGCAGCAUGGGGUGGGGAGGACAAUAUUGGGUGCUGGACCGCCUGAAGGAGUGUGAGUUGCCAAGAUACAAAUUUUCCCUGCGAAGAUUUCCCCUGAAGGAGGGCUAUGAACGCAUCCCCUGGGGCAGGCUGAGACGGGCGGAUUCCAUCGAGCUCAGUGACCUGGUGAGCAGGUACUAUGGGAAGCGCUAUGGGAAGCAGGUGACCGAGAGGCUGCUGAGAGACAUCAAGGGACCAAGCGCUGCCGGUGCCCACACGGUGAGUGAGAGACAUGGGGAAGUCAUUCCCUACAAAAAGUUUUCCAGGAAAAUUGCAGACAGAGAAUGGAAAGUGGAAAAUUCUACAUACAAGGAGAGACCUUACAAAUGUUCCAUUUGUGGGAAAGGAUUCAAUCUGAAAUUAAACCUUAUUCGGCAUCAGAGAAUCCACACAGGAGAGAAACCCUACAAAUGUGGUGAAUGUGGGAAGAGCUUCAAUGACAGCUCCAACCUCGCUCGACAUGAGAGACUCCACCUGGGACUGAAGCCUUACAACUGUCCUGAGUGUGGGAAGAGCUUCAGUGUGAAAUCAAACCUCAUCCGCCAUCAAAGAAUCCACACAGGAGAGAAGCCCUAUAAUUGCCCCAAAUGUGAGAAAAGUUUCAGUGACAGCUCCAACCUCGCUCGCCAUCAGAGAAUCCACACGGGAGAGAAGCCCUAUAAUUGCCCCAAAUGUGGGAAAAGCUUUAAUGACAGCUCCAGCCUCACUCGCCAUCAGAGAAUCCACACUAGAGAGAAACUCUACAAAUGUGGUGAAUGUGAGAAGAGCUUCAAUGACAGAUCCAACCUUGUCCGCCAUCAGAGAAUCCACACAGGAGAAAAGCCCUAUAUAUGCUCCAAAUGUGAGAAAAGCUUCAAUGACAGAUCCAUCCUCACUCAACAUGAGAGCCUCCACCUGGGACUAAAGCCUUACAAGUGUCCUGAUUGUGGGAAGUGCUUCAGUGUGAAAUCAAACCUCAUCCGCCAUCAGAGAAUCCAUACAGGAGAGAAACCCUAUAAUUGCCCCAAAUGUGGGAAGAGCUUCAGUGACAGCUCCAACCUUGCAAAACAUGAGAGAAUCCACAAGAGACAUUCCGGUCACAUGGAAGUUCCUCAUGAUCAAAUUUCCACUGAAGAACUGACAUCAGCAUCAGGAUUCACCAGUGAAGAGACUGAAUCCGACUCUAGUUCUGCUGCAGGGAUAAAGGCGGCAAGAGGAUCUUCCAGAAGAAAUAAAACCAGAGAUUAUUUAGGACGUAGAUGGGAACCAGGAAAUGUACAG